AAAAAAAAUUCUAUAAAAUGGAACAAUUAGCACAUUUUGUGACCAAAUCAUUUGAAUACAACAAUAAUAAUCGAGUGUUGGAUGUUUUGAAUUUAACAACAAAAUCCGGCAUUUUUGAUCAUUUAAAAUCGAAUGAUUCAAUGGAUACACUUUCGAAUCUGGGAUCGGAUGAUAAUGAUGCGGAUUCAGUUGAUAUUGAUAUCACCGAUGUCUCGUCCAAUGAUGGCAAUGAUAGCAAAAUUCACAAUGAAAAUGAUAAUAAUAACAUAAAUGUUAUUCGACAAUCAAUCGCUAAAAAAUUGAACAAAGAAAAUCACAAACAAUUGACUAAAAAUUGGCUCAUCUCUGAUACACCGAAGAAAAAAUGCGACAAUGAGAAUAACAUCGAAGAUGCUGAGUCUGAGGUGGCAUUGAAUUUGAUUUGUGUGGAUGAAUCAACGCAACAGACAAUUGACAUUCCGAUUCGGCCACGGUCUAUAAAAGAUUUUAAGAAUGUAAUGAGCAAAAAACAAAAUCGUGCAAAUGAAAUGACCAAAAUUGAUUCGGAAUCGAAAAGUAAACAACGAUUAGAUAGAAACGAUUCCAAUGUUAGAGCAGACAAAGACUCAAGGAUUCUAAAGCACAAACAGUCGACAGAUGUGGAUGGAAAAGAUAAAGACUCGAAUGUGUCAAAUGGUCAAAAAGUGCAAUCAUCAAAAGGUGAUACAAAACACGAAGGUGUGUCACAGUCAUCGUUGGCUGCAUCGAUAGCGAGUGCGAUUAUUGGUUCGAAUCAAUCGGGAAGUGUGAAUAAUUUGAGUACGAAUAACAAUACGGCCAGCAGUAAUUUGGUUAAUAAUAAACAAAGGCGGUCGCGAACAAAUUUCACGUUGGAACAAUUGAAUGAAUUGGAAAAACUUUUUGAAGAGACCCACUAUCCAGAUGCAUUUAUGCGAGAAGAACUCAGCCAGCGGUUAGGUUUAAGCGAAGCUCGAGUACAAGUCUGGUUCCAGAACAGAAGGGCUAAGUGCCGCAAACAUGAAAACCAAAUGCAUAAAGGAAUUUUAAUAUCGAGUAAUAGUCCGCCAGUAUCAACGCCGUUGGAACCGUGCCGUGUUGCACCUUAUGUUAAUUUACCGUCGAUACGUACUUCUAGCAUUAAUUCGGCCACCACAACAGCACAACAUUCGUAUUCUGCUGUGGCGGCGGCUGCUGCUUUUUCAGCAUUCGACCCAGCUUUACUAACUGUGGCACAUCAAUAUGCGGCUGCAAUGAAUGGAAGCAGCGGUUUGUUUUCAAUUCCACAGUAUCCCUUGAAUUUGGCCGCAUUGGCAGCUGCACACAAUAAAAAUUCCAGCAUUGCUGAUCUCCGACUCAAAGCUAAAAAACAUGCCGAAGCGUUGGGACUUAAAGAAUCCGCUUCAUAAAAAAGAAACAUCCAAUCAAUCAACAACACAUUUGCGACCGAAUUAAAGAGAAACAUAACUUUAGAGUUUAUUUCACGUUUUCUUUUUUGUCAUCAGCGAUAAGUUUUUGCUUUUCACGAUUUG